AUGUCUACGAACUCAAAAAUUACAGCCCAAGUGUCACCUCCGACCAUCCUAGUCUCUAAAACAGAUGGAAAGUUUAGAAGUGCCGCAUCAUGUUUUUCGUGUUUAGUUACUCACCCUUUGGAUACAACUAAAGUUCGUAUGCAAACUACCAUUAGUGCUAACGAGCUAGGAUCUUUGGGAACUGCGAUCAUGAUAAUAAGGAAAGAAGGAAUCCUUGGAAUAUACAAUGGCAUUUCUGCCAGUAUAUUAAGGCAGGCCACGUAUUCCACAAUGAGAUUUGGAAUUUAUGAUAAACUGCGCACUCAUCUAACUAAAAAUGGAGGUAACUCAUCAUCAGGGGUUAUAUGGAUUCGCAACUAUCUUGGAAUCAAACCCCUUUCAUUUGCGGCAAAGAUUUUUUGUGCGUCAGCGGCAGGCUGUGUGGGUGGUGCAUUUGGUAACCCUGCAGAUCUUGUUAUGGUAAGAAUGCAAAACGAUGCCAAAUUACCAUCGGAAUCAAGGCGGAAUUACAAGCAUGCAUUCGAGGGUCUCUUUAGAAUUUAUAGAGAGGAAGGAAUGAAGGGUCUUACAAGAGGGAUAGGUCCAAACGUUAAUCGGGCCAUAUUGAUGAACUCUUCGCAGUUGGCAUCUUACGAACAAUUUAAACAAUUGUUAUUGGAAACCGAGUAUUUUCAGGACAAUAUAAUCACGCAUUUUACAUCCAGCUUGUUGGCAGGAUUGGUGGCUACGACUAUAUGUUCGCCGGUUGACGUUAUUAAGACGCGUGUCAUGAAUUCUGGAUCCAAACAAAAGCAAAAUAUUAUGACAAUGCUUAAGACAAUAGUCGUCCGAGAAGGACCAUUUGCAUUAUUUAAAGGAUGGGUACCGGCGUUUGUGAGAUUAGGUCCACAUACAAUAGUGACAUUUUUGGCCUUGGAACAAAUCAAAGGUUUUUAUAACAAACGUAUAGAGCUCAGAAUGAAAGCUACCGCUUAA